UUUUCCAACCACAAAACAACAUUUUUGUAACUAAUUUAAAAAACUAUUAACAAUCUUUAUUCACUCAAUCAAAAAGUUACAACACAUUUACCAAUAAAAAUUAACUAUUUCCGCACCAACUAUUUUUAAAGUGACAUUUUCGCAUAAUUUGCGCGCGCGCAAUACAGUGAAUCGUUCUAGGUCAAGAAUUAAACAUUUCCAUUCAUACGAAGACAUCUAAACAUUUAAUAUCUAAAGAAAUCAUCUACCUCAAUCAAAAUGACUGUUUUUAAACGAAUAAUACAACUUCCUAACGUCCUCAAGUAAGUUAUAAUUUUAAUCGAUUAGUAUUAUUAUUAUGCAAGCUGUUGGAUUGUUUUUGAGCUUAAAACAGUUUCAUUUAAACAGAUCAAUGCGACAAUUUCAUUUGAACGCUGUUUGGUUUCAAAAUGAACAUGAAAAAUUGGAAAAAAUUAAUAAAUUAAUUGGAUUUAUUGGCGAUGGGAAUAUGGCUAAGGCCAUUUGUAAAGGAAUUGUUGAUAAAGGAUUAAUAUCUUAUUCCCAAGUUUACGUUUCAAGCCCUUACAUAAAAAAUUUGGAUAUAUGGAAAAAAUUUGGGGCCAAUGUUACAACCGACAAUAGUGAAGUAACCGAUAAAACCGAUAUUAUAUUUUUAGCUGUCAAACCGCACAUUUUAACGGAAGCUUUAGAUACUAUUUACAAAAGUGAGAGGUGCCCUAAGAUAAAGGAUAAAUUAUUUGUAUCAAUUUUAGCCGGAUUUACCAUAAAAAAUCUAGAAAUGAUGUUAGAGAAAUUUCCGGGUUCUAGAGUAAUUCGAAUAAUGCCAAAUACCCCAAUGAUGGUUGGAGAAGGUUGCACGGUUUAUUGCCCAGGAAAAAACGUCAAAAAAGAGGAUAUAGCUAUCGUAAGAAGAAUGUUAGAAGUUUCCGGGUUAUGUGAUCAAGUUCCUGAAAAUAUUAUUAAUGCAGUUGGAGCCUUAUCCGGUGGAGGGCCAGCUUUUGUUUAUUUAAUGAUUGAAGCUUUAUCUGAUGGAGGUGUUCGAAUGGGAAUUCACAGAGAAGUGGCAACAAGAUUCGCUGCACAAACCGUUUUGGGGGCUGCAAAAAUGGUUUUGCAAACUGGUAAACAUACGGGGGCUUUAAAAGAUGAAGUUUGUUCCGCUGGGGGUUCAACGAUAGCUGGGAUGCAUGCUUUGGAACGCGGAGGAGUCCGGUUCGUAAAAAAUUUUUACUUCAAAAGACUUAAAAUGGAAUCUAAUCUUUUUUUAGAGGAGCGAUUAUGGAUGCAGUCGAAGCUUCAGCUAAACGAGCAGCGGAAUUAGGGACAAUUAAAUAAAGAAAAUCCUUUUUAAUUCUUUUAUACAGUGAAUUUCAAUUAGUAUGCAAUAUACAAAAAUAUAUU